ACAACAAUGAUUUACAUUGGACUUGACGUUCCAAUGUUUAUUUGAAUUUUUUUAAUGGCCUUACUUCUAGAUAGUCUGGGCGAGAGACGGAGAGAGAUAAUUUUCAAUAUGAUGUUGGGGUACAUAAUUUGAAUUAACCGCUCCUCGUGAAAUGGCUGGCGAAGUAAGUUUGAAGAAAAAGGGUAAAUUAUAUAGACAGGAAUCCAGUAAAUCUGGAAAAGAUUCGGAAAAUGGUUCAGAUCGACUAAUUGCUAGUAGUAGCAAUAAUCAAGACAAAACGAGGAGCGGUGUAAGAGUAUAUAAAAUCGUAGUAUUAGGAGAUGGGGGUGUUGGUAAAUCUGCUGUUACUCUUCAGUUUGUCAGUCACAGCUUCUUAGAUUAUCAUGACCCUACAAUAGAGGAUUCAUAUCAACAACAAGCCGUUAUAGAUGGAGAGCCAGCUUUGUUAGAUAUAUUAGAUACUGCCGGACAGGUGGAAUUUACUGCCAUGCGAGACCAGUAUAUGAGAUGUGGAGAAGGAUUUUUGAUUUGCUAUAGUGUGACAGAUAGGCAUAGUUUUCAAGAAGCGCUGGAGUAUAGGAAACUAAUACAAAAAGUACGAGCAUCCGAAGAUACUCCAUUAGUUCUUGUUGGAAACAAAUUUGAUCUCCAAAUGCAAAGAAAAGUAACAACUGAAGAAGGCAGAUCAUUAGCCAGGCAAUUAGGAUGCCCAUUUUAUGAAACUUCAGCAGCUUUUCGAACUUAUGUUGAUGAUGCUUUCCACACUUUAGUGAGAGAAAUAAGAGCAAGAGAAAGAGAGAAAUAUGGAUUUAGCAGUAAUAGCCGUAAACCACAGAAGCAUAGUAAGUGGUGGAGAUUAAGAAGUAUAUUUGCACUUGUGUUCAAAAGAAAACGGAACAAUACCUAUAACAACCCAUGAAUUAAUUUUCUUUUAUUUAAAUGUUUCAUUUUGAAGAUUGAGUAAUAAUUUAAAUAUAUUCAUUGACUUCUCAUCUAAUGGCAUAAAACAAAGAUUGAAGUUUGAACGGAUUUCAAGCUUAUAUAUUGUAAAGAUAUAUAUCUUGCAACUAACAUCCUUACUUGAAUAUAAUAAACCUCUUCCUACAAAAAAGUGAACAUUGAUUGAAGUGAAUUCCAUCCAUAUAAAAUGGAUAAUAAGAUUAUUAUCAAGUUGCUGUUAUAUUAUUUAGGACAAUUAAAUUAUUUCCAAAAAAAUUUCUUCUUGAUGUGUUUAUUCUAUCAGAUGUAGAAGAAAAUACUGUUUACAUGUAGGUUAUAACAGCAAGUGUUACCAAAAUAAAGAUUCAUAAACUCUUUCUAAUGAAAUUUGUAUAAGUGUGCAUUUAUGCAGCAUAAAAUAACCAAUAUCACUCAAUAAUUAUCAAGUAAACAAAAGCCAAAAUGUUAUUGUGGAUUUAUGCAGUUUUAAAAAAUAAAAAAAAAAAUUAGCAAAUGUUUUUUUUCAAUAAGUGUAUAAAUUGUGCAGCCAAAUUGAUAUUUGUUAUUUGCAUAAAUUCAUACUAAAUCCCAAAAAUAGAAAUUUACUCUGCAUACAUUUGAUGAUAGAUUUAUGAGUAGCUGUCAAAUUAUGAGUAUAAAAUGAAAAUAAAUAUAAGGAAAAUCAGUAGGUGUUAUCAAAAUACAUGUAGACACUUCAUCUCAAAGUUUAUUGAAUUGUUGGUUGCCAAAAUAGAAAUAAUUAUAUAAAAUUAUUAUAAAGUGAAUAUAAAAGUGUCAUCGAAACACUUUUCUGACUAGAGUGAUGCAUGAUUCAUUCUUUAUCUUUUCCAAUGAAAUUUUUCUACCUCACAUACAGAAAUUGUAUUAUUGAAUUACCCACAGGGGUCAUUCACUCAUUCAUGAGAGGUUUAUAUUUGAAUUUUUCUGGAAAUUGAUGGUCUCCCUUUGAAUUGAUUUGAAAAUUGAAAAAUUGAAAAUUGAUUUGAAAAUUUCUGAGAAAACCAAAUUAAUUAAAAAAAUACCAAAAAUAUGAUCAAUUUUUUCGAACCUAGUAGUUGCCAAAUUUGUCAGGCAAUUUAAUUCAUUAUUAAUAGAUAGGGUACUUUUGUUCUUUUUGAAAUAAGAGAAUAAUGUUCAACUUCCGCUACUUUCAGAAGUUGCAUAAAAAUUAUGAUAUUUCAGCCAAGAAGUUUACUUGCCAAAACAAUCUGUCAAUUUCAGAACUAAAUUUCAUUUAAUUUUUCAGAAAUUCAUUUCAUAUACCUUUUGUGAGUGACCCUGUAUAUAGCGCAAUCCAUUACUAUCUUAAGUUCAAAAUAUUGUCCUUAGAUAUGCCUCCUUGAAGGAUGAUAUCUCUGAAAUUAGUGUCCAAAAAUAUGAAAGAAAAAGGAGAGCAACAAAUAUGUUCUUAAAGAUAAUGAAAACAAAGAUCUUGCUAUAUAACGUACAUUAGGCAAAACUAGAUUUAUGAAAAAAUACACGAAAUGGUAAAAAAUACCUAUUCUGUUCAAAUAUAUCUCUUCAAAUAAUUUCAGCAAUGAAGUCGAUUUGUCUAUUCUGGAUUGAAUUCUAGGCUGAACAUAUUCUUCUCCAAGAGGCAUAUUUCUGCAAGAUACCAUCUUACACGGAAACUGUUUCUUAUCACCAUUAGUGUCUGCCCAAAUCCACUAAGAAACACCAAUAAAUGUUUGGAAUUUAGUGUUCCACACAGAAUGUUCAAUUUUAUUUGCAUACAAUUAUAGCUGUUCAGAAUAUCUCCUGAUAAAAAAUCAGUGCCAUAAUGAUUUUUCAGAAUUUGAUCACUUCUGUUACUUGUAACUGAGAUGAAGAUAAAAUAGAGAAAAUACAA